CUUUCAGAGCUACAGGCAUAGUACAUAAAGUCUUAACUAUUUUCUAGUAGUUAGUCAACAGCAACAUGAAAAUCAUAAUUAUUUUUACCGCUGUGAUUUGUAUUGCACAAAGUUAUCCUUCUCUGAAAAAUGCUGCCACGUGCACAACAUCAGCAUGCAAAAUUGAAAAUGAUUGUCGUUGUUCAUCAGUUAACAAUCCAAUUAACAACCCCAGUGAUCCAGCACCACAACUAAUAGCAUUAACGGUCAGCGAGUCUGUUGUUACGACCCUCUACCACGAGUACCUGAAACCAUUACUUUUUGACCGUAAAAAUCCCGAUGGCAAACCUAUAGGGGCAACCUUCUAUGUGAACCAUGAGUACACGGAUUAUGAACUAGUUCAAGAUUUAUAUCUUCAAGGAUACGAAAUAGGAGUGCACUCAGUUACAAAAAAUUCUUCACAAGAAUACUGGAGACAUGCUACAUUAAACGAUCUCAUAGAAGAAUUUGGUGGCCAAAAACAGAUAAUUUCAAAAUUUGCUAAGAUUCCCGAACAAGACAUUGUGGGAGCCAGAACUCCUCAACUUCAAAUAGAAGGUGACCUAACUAUUAACGCGUACAAACAAGCGGGCUUAAGCUACGACAACUCCUGGCCAACGAGUUCAUCACAACCUUUUUUGCCUUACACGCUAGACUACGCAUCAACUCAGCAGUGUUUAGUUACCAUUACUUGUCCAAAAGAAUCUCAUGAACAUUUCUGGGUAGCACCUAUCACCAACAUUAGAGGCAAUAACAGUGUUGAAUGCAACUCUCUUGCUACGUGUUUAAUACAAGGAACAGCUCAAGAAAUUGCUGACUGGUUGAUAGAGCAAGUGGAUCGUGUACACAAUGGUAAUCGAGCACCGCUAGUACUCCGUUUAGAUUCUUAUUGGUUUAGCUUUACUACAAAUAGUUAUGAAGGAUUCGUUUUGUUCUUAGAUGAAAUACAAAAAAGGAAUGACGUUUUCUUUGUGUCAGUUCUCGAUAUUAUCAACUGGAUUAAAAAUCCCAUACCAGCUUCAAGUUUCCAAUCUACAGUACAUGAUAGGUCUGGCGACUGUCUUGCGAUUAAUUGUCAACUUCGUUUCUUGGAUGGCAGUGAAAGAUACAUGAAAUCGUGCGUCCCUUGCCCACAGCAGUACCCAUGGAAGGGCAAUCCACUUGGAGAAAUCUAAAAACAAAAUCAUUAUUUGGUGCACUGUACUUAUUUAUUUUGUUAAUAUAAUUUUAUAUUAUUUAUUUAUGUAAAACUUCUAAUGAUACAAUAAAAUUUACCAACACUGCUUAAAAAAAAA